AUGGCGACCAGAUCAACGGGCAGACUCAUUCUCGGCCUCGUCUUCCUCGCCUUCAUCUGGCUGACGCUGCUGAGUCCUGACCCCUACAGCCGCGGCCUGCACGAGAUUCGCACCACCGUGUCGCUACCGCCGCUCGACUUCCUCCAGGCCUCGUUUCCAGAGCGAAGCAAACAGCAUGCCCAAUACUACGCGUCGCAGGAGGCACGCGAUUUCUGCGCCGCGCAUGGCUAUUCCGUGUUUAAGCCGCUCAGCUCCACAAACGAACGCAAGGUGUAUGAUCUCGUCAUGGUCAAUUCGGAGCUCGACUUUCUUGAGAUACGGCUCGACACGCUGUAUAAGUACGUCGACUACUUUAUCAUCGUCGAGUCACCUAAGACGUUCCAGGGCGAUAAGAAGCCGCUCGUCAUUAAGAACAACUGGGCCAGGUUUAAACGCUUCCACGACAAGAUGAUUUACCACGAAUUAACGUUUCCGCGAUCUUUUAACCCACACCGCGCCUGGGACUACGAAGACUUGCAGCGAGACGCCAUGUACUCGCAGGUCAUGCCGGGGCUAACGGGCCACCAGGCGCCGGCCAAGGGCGACGUCAUGGUCGUUGCCGAUGUUGAUGAAAUCCCGCGAGCAGAGUCGCUCCUCGUCCUACGGUCCUGCAACUACCCGCGCCGCCUGACCCUCGGGUCUAAAUUUUACUACUACUCAUUCCAGUUCCUGCACGACGGGCCGGAAUGGCCGCACCCACAGGCGACCUACUACCAGGGCUGGCGGACGCUGAAACCGACCAACCUACGCAACGGCGACGGCGGGUUUCGCCCGACCCGCGGUAGGGAGAAGGGCACCCUGGCCAACGCGGCGUGGCACUGCAGCAGCUGCUUCCCUACGAUUGCGCAGUUCCUCAACAAGGUUGCCAGCUUCUCCCACGUGUGGAUGAACGAUGAGGAGUACCGUAAUAGGGAUAGGAUUGCGAACGCGGUGCGCGAGGGCAAGGACGUGUGGGAACGAGAGCAGGACACGUUUACGAGGAUUGACGCGAACAAGGACAUGCCGGCGCUGGUGAAGCAGCAGCCGGAGCGGUUUGGCUACAUGAUAAGUCGGGAUGGGCCGUCGGCCGGAUUUACAGACUAUCCUUAA